AUGGACAAGUCUAUGGGACGUCAGGUAGACCUCAUCCCGCCAAACGUCGGCUCUAGACCUCAUCGCAAGAAUGUGCAGGUUCGUACACUCGGCGCCUGGAUAGCCUUGGUUCUUGUUGCCCUCAGCAUUUUCUUCCAGGACUAUGUUGAUAUCGGGCCAAAGUACAGAGCUGCAGCUCUUGGGCUGAUUUUUCCUGGAGCUGGAUAUCUUGCGAGCGCCAAUGUACUUGGCGGCAUAUUGUUCGUGCUGACUUGGGCAAGCGUGCCACUCGCUCUCUUUGCGUGGUUUGGUGCGGGUGCAGUCUUGUUCCCUCUUCUUGUCUGGGGCCUAUGCAUCCUAGGCGCCUACUUCGCUACAGGAAAUACCCUGUGGGAAAACUCGGGCUAUUGGGCCUCUGGUGUUCUCAUCAGUGGAUUUAUGUACGCCAAUAUCUCAUCGAGAGCCGAAAGAACUCGAGGGCACAAGAAGCGAUUGGUGAGAAACGAAUUUGUUCUGCGGCAAGCUGCCGAGACAGAUAGGCUUGUCGCCGCAGGUUCAAAGAGAGAGGAAGAUGAGGAGCUGAGCAUUGAAAGUCUGAGAAAGCUGCAAUUUCUGUUUGAUCAAGCGUUCCAGAGUCUUGAUGACUGGUCAGGCUUCACUAUUGUCGAUCAAUAUCAAACUGCAGCUCUUCGGUAUCAGAUCUACCAGAUGAUGUUCGUGCUUGGUCUUUACCAAUCCACCUACGGCCCAAAUGCACACAGUUACGUCAACGAAGCGUUUCAAAGAAUCAUUGAGCGGUCUUUGACUCAGAAGGUUCUGAACUUUUGGAAGUGGGAACGCUUAACUGGCAAGUUCUCACUUGACUGCGAUCCAGUUAAAAAGGACAACAUCAUGGUCACGGGGUUCCUUCUACAGGGAGUUAUGCUUUAUACAGCCAACUCGGGCGAUAUGAGGUAUACAAAGCCUGGAAGCCUAGUCUUUAACAUCGACGACAAGCACUCCUAUAGAUACAACCUUCAUGACCUUCAAGAGACGCUCGUGCGGCAAUGGUCUGCUAGUCCAUACUGUCUCAUUUUAUGUGAGCCGAAUUGGAUCUACGUCAUGUGCAACCUGCAAGGCAUGACAGGUGCAGUUCUCUACGAUCGAGUCUUUGGAACAAAGCCCACUGAAGUGCUACUGCCCAUAUUUGAAGAGUCACUGAACACGAACUUCACCGAGACCAGUGGCAGUGUCUUGACUAUACGAUCCGAGUUAACAGGCUUCACUAUUCCCGGUCUAUGCGGUGCAGCUGGAGACUUGGCCGCCAUCAUGAUGGGAUGUGGAACUUUAAGGAACUUCUCACGACGACUGUGGGCCAUCAUCCGCAACGAGACUGUUAAGUUUGAUACCAAGACGAAAGAGGUCUCGCUUACUGGACUUGUGGGAGCAGAUAAGAUUGAUGCGGGCAAUUAUCGUUCGAAUGAGUAUGCCAUGUAUACUCAACUUGCCAUUGCAGCGGGUGAAUAUGGAGAUGAAGAGCUGAAAGAGGCUUGUGUGGAGAAGUUUGAGAAAGCAUGGGGUGUUGUGACAGCACCGACAGGAUCUCAGUAUCUUGAUCUUGAUAACGCGCCGUGUUUGAUGAAUCAAGCGGCGUUGACGGCUGCUAUUAUCCGGCCUGGGGCAUAUCAUCGGAUGAUUCAAAAGGGUGCAUCUGAAAAGGCUUUGAGAGGUCCCAUUCUCUCAGAAGUACCAUAUCCUGGAGUCCUUAUCGCCAAAGCACGAUCUCAUACAUCCGAGGACUUGGAAUUGGUUCUCUAUCCUUCAGCUGAUGCAGGAGUGUUCGAUCUUGGAAUAUCUCGUCUUGUUCCAGGGCAGACAUACAGUUACCUUAACAAGACAGUGAAAUCUGAUAAGGACGGAUUUAUCAAGCUAUCAGUCCUAGUUGAGGGCAAGACCUAUAUUCAUAUUUCUCCAAUCUGAAG